UCCUCCGGACUGAGCUGAGCCCCGGCCCGGAGUCUGAUGUCACAUGUGCUUGGUCUAUGGAGGAUGCUGCGGCAGGUGAUCCACAGAGGGCUCAAGGCUUCCUUCUACUGGCUGGGCUUGUUCGUCAGCAGACACCCCGUCUUCUUCCUCACCGUCCCCGCCGUGCUCACCAUCAUCUUCGGCUCCACGGUGCUGAGCCGCUUCCACCCGGAGCGGGACCUGGAGGUGCUGGUGGCUCCGACCCACAGCCUGGCCAAGAUCGAGCGCAGCCUGGCCAACAGCCUGUUCCCCAUCGACCGCUCCAAGAACAAGCUGUACUCGGACCUGCACACGCCGGGCAGGUACGGCAGGCUCAUCCUGCUGGCCCGGUCCGGGGGCAACAUCCUGGAGCUGGCCGACCAGGUCCUGCGGGUCCACGAGCAGGUGCUGGACCUGCGCGUCAACUACAAGGGCUUCAACUACACGUUCGCGCACCUGUGCGUGCUGAGCCACCGGGACAAGCGCUGCCUGCUGGAUGACAUCAUUACCAUCUUGGAGGACAUCCGGCAGGCUGUGCUGUCCAACAGCACCUUCCACAAGGUGCCCCUCAGCUACCCCAACACCACCCUGAAGAAUGGACGUGUGUCUUUCAUUGGACACCAACUGGGUGGCGUGCCCUUCUCGCCCAACAGCCGUGACCAGCAGGUCAAGUUUGCCCGUGCGGUCCAGAUCACCUACUACCUCCGUAACCACGGACCUGUGGUGCAGGACGCCAUCGCAGAGCGUUGGGAGAACGAGUUCUGCGCUAUGGUGAACAGGCUAUCCAUGGCUGAGCCACCGCAUGCUACUGACCAGAUCCACAUCCAGUCUCUCACCUCCUUCAGCCUCUGGCGGGACUUCCACCAGACUGGGAUACUGGCCAAAGGGGAAGUCCUGGUCAGCCUUGUUCUGGUGCUCCUGGCUGCCACCAUCUCUAGCUCCAUGCGGGAUUGCCUGAGGGGGAAGCCUUUCCUUGGCCUUCUGGGGGUGCUGACCAUUUGCAUCGCCAAUGUGACGGCUGCAGGGAUUUUCUUCAUAUCUGAUGGAAAGUUCAACUCCACCUUGCUGGGGAUCCCAUUCUUUGCCAUGGGUCAUGGAACCAAAGGCGUCUUUGAACUGCUGGCAGGCUGGAGGAGAACAAGAGAAAACUUGCCCUUCAAGGAGCGUGUGGCUGAUGCGUUUGCUGAUGUGAUGGUGUGCUACACAAUGACCAGCUCUCUCUACAUCAUCACUUUUGGCAUGGGAGCUAGCCCUUUUACGAACAUUGAGUCGGUGAAAAUCUUCUGCCAGUGCAUGUGCGUAGCCAUCCUGGUGAACUACUUCUAUGUAUUCUCUUUCUAUGGCUCCUGCCUAGUGUUUGCAGGACAGCUUGAGCAGAACCGCUACCACAGUGUCUUCUGUUGUAAGAUCCCGUCAGUGGAGUACUUGGACCGCCAGCCAACGUGGUUUAAAACCAUGAUGAGUGAUGGCCAUGACCUCUCCACACAUCAUGACAGUGUACCAUACCAGAAUCACUUCAUCCAGCACUUCCUACGAGAACAUUACACGGAGUGGAUUACCAACACCUAUGUGAAACCAUUUGUGGUCAUAUUAUAUCUCAUUUAUGCCUCGUUUUCAUUCAUGGGAUGUUUACAAAUAAGUGAUGGAUCAAAUAUCGUAAACCUUUUGGCCAGUAACUCACCAAGUGUUUCAUAUGCUCUGACCCAACAGAAGUACUUCAGUAAUUAUAGUCCUGUGAUUGGGUUUUACAUUUAUGAACCCAUUGAGUACUGGAACUCCACAGUGCAGGAGCACCUGAAGACUCUGAGUCAUGGCUUCAACAAGAUUUCCUGGAUAGAUAACUUUUUCCACUACCUGCGGUUGGUAAAUGUGAGUGCAUCAACAAAGAGUGACUUCAUCAAUAUUUUAAAGGGUUCUUUCCUGCGCAGCCCGGAGUACCAGCACUUCACAGAGGACAUCAUCUUCUCCAAGAACCGUGAGACUGACGAAUACGACAUCAUUGCAUCACGGAUGUACUUGGUAGCACGGACCACAGAGAAGAAGCGGGAGGAGGUGGUGGAGCUUUUGGAAAAGCUCCGUCCCUUGAUGCUGAUCAACAGCAUCAAAUUCAUUGCCUUUAAUCCCACAUUUGUUUUUAUGGAUCGCUACAGUUCGUCCGUCAUCUCACCCAUUCUGACCUCAGGUUUCAGCGUACUCACCAUCCUCAUCCUCACUUUCUUCCUGGUCAUCAACCCCUUGGGGAACUUCUGGCUCAUUCUCACAGUGACAUCUGUGGAGCUGGGUGUGUUAGGUUUGAUGACCCUCUGGAAUGUCGGCAUGGACAGCAUUUCCAUCUUGUGCCUUAUUUACACUCUCAAUUUUGCCAUGGAUCACUGUGCACCACACCUGUACACUUUUGUGCUUGCUACAGAGCACACAAGGACACAGUGCAUCAAGUUGGCACUGGAGGAGCAUGGGGCGGCCAUCUUGCAGAACACAUCCUGCUUUGUGAUCGGGAUCAUGCCUCUAGUGUUUGUGCCUUCCAAUUUGACCUACACACUGUUCAAGUGCUCCCUACUCACUGCAGGCUGCACUUUGCUGCACUGCUUCGUCAUCCUGCCUGUCUUCCUGACCUUCUUCCCGCCAUCCAAAAAGAGACAUAAGAAAAAAAAAAGAGCGAAGCGGAAAGAGCGGGAAAGGGAAAGGGAGCGAGAGAGGGAGAGAGAAAGAGAGGAGAUAGAGUGCAUCGAAGUCAGGGAGAAUCCUGAUCACGUGACAAAUGUUUGAGUAAUUAUUCAUGUUAGGAGGGUUAG